UUAAAAGAUGACACUCCUAACUCAACAAAGAGCCUUAAUGAUUACUGGGCAGAAGAAGAGAACAAAGAAGGCCCAAAAACUUAUAGCUGAGAAAACUAAGUUGCAGGAAAAGCAAGAAGAGAAUAACUUUGGAACGAUGCCAGCUUUGAAUCCUGAAGAGGCUAAAAAGAGAAAACAGAAGCAAGAAAAUAGAAAAAAAUAUAUGGAAUUAUGGGAGAAGAGGAAGGACAAGAUCAUGCUCAGACCUGCUAAGUACCAGAACAACAACACUAAAGCUAAGGAGGGUGUACAGAAGGAUACGAAGCACAAGAAGUUACCGAAUGAGGUUGAGAAAUCAGUGAAUGUGGAAAAGAAGAGAGCCAAAAUUUUGAAAAGGAUUAGGUCGGUUGUUAAUCCAGUGAGAGGUAAAAAUAAGAGAAGUAAGAGACAAGAAAGCGGAAAGACUUUGGGACAAGAAAUGUUGGAGCAAAAUAAGUUGAAGAACAGUGUUGUAUCGUCAUUCGUGAAAAACAUGAAAUAGUUAACUUUCAAGCUGCUUUAAUAAUAA